UCCUUCCAUUAAUCAAAUCCCCAAAAAAUCCAUUUUUCUUUUAUAUUCUCAAAGUCAGGCUGAGGGCAGGGAAGAGCUAAGAAAGGUUGGUAAGAAUUGAACUCAGGCCCUUAUUUGGAAAUUGAUACAUGCUCUAUUUGAGAUAAGAUUCGAUUCUCGAUUCAAUCUUGAGUAUUUUGAAAUUGGACUGUAAGAAGUUUGAUCAAUAAAAUUGUUUAAUGAUCAAAUUCAUUGCUCUAUUUGAGGAAAUAGAAAUUUAUAUGAAAAUGCUGUAUUCAACAGUAGAAUUGAUAGCACAAGCUUCUACAAAUUACCAUAUUUUGUUCUGUUUUUGUAAUGUGAUCAUAAUUUUCAUUCUAGGGAGCUCGAGAUUGAGCUCAGAUGAUCAUGUUAAUGUAACUUCUUUUGCUGAUGUAAAGAUUAAAAAUGAUGCAACUAAGGAUUUGGAUAGUAAAAAAGAUUUCAUAAUUUCCGAGGAAGAAGAAGUAACGGAAUCAACAAAAGAAGAAGAGGAUGAAGAAAAUGAAGGGCCGGGCCGAAAUGGCAUGGAUGAGAAUGAUCAAGUGAGAAUACAAGAGAACAAAAGUUUGGAAGAUGAAGAAGAAGGAGAUGAACUAAGGAGAAAAAUUGAGGAGUUUAUUGGUAAGGUAAAAGGUCAAUUAAUAAUAAUGGACGAUGAUUGAUGAAUGAUGAUUAAUGAUUUUGAUUUUUUUUUUCGGGCUAAGAUUGGAGAAACUCGUACAAAUAAUGAGUUUGAGUAAUUAGGGAUCAAAAUUAAUAGGAAAAUCUUAUCUCAAUUGAAAAGUUUUAAAUAAUUUGAGAUAAGUCGUUCAUCAUAAAAUUACGGAUUAAUAUUUUUAUUGAUUUUAAAAAUAAUGGUAUUUUUUUUGGACUAACUAUAAUUAUGUAUGAUAUUUUGGACUUGUGUUUAUAUACUAAUUUUUGGGGUAUAAUUUCUAGUCAUGUACUCCUAAUUCACGUUUUAGUCACUAUAUUGAUGAUGGUAAUUGUGCGUAAUAGGAAUUUUUUAGAUAAGGGAGAGAAUUAGUUUAUGAUUACAAAUGUAUGUUACCAAGUGUUAAAGGAAAAAUAGUGAGAAAUGAAGGCAAGCUUCAAUUUGAUGAAGCUGGUUCUUGUAAGAUUACUUUACA